GCUUAUGACGUCAUGGUGGGAUAGUAGUCCCAGGCUGUCAGACAUCCGCAUCCAAACAGACCUUCGUAGAGCACUUUGGUUUACUGAGAUCUCGUCAUGGUUUUAGAAAUAUCCGAGUCAGCGCAUGGGGACCAACAUCUUGAGCCACAUAAAGAGAGAAAAUUGGACAAGCUAAAAGCAAUAUGGGAUGACAAGCAUUUCAAGCAUUUUGUUGCUGGAGGAAUUGCAGGAGCAGUUUCUAGAACUUGUGUUUCACCAUUAGAGAGAAACAAGAUCCUUCUACAGCUUCAAGUUCAUGAUGCUAAAUUUAAAGGUGUUUUUGGAACGCUAAAAACAAUUUGGAAGGAAGAGGGAAUUAUUGGCUAUUUCAAGGGAAAUGGAAUCAAUGUAGCAAGAAUUGCUCCAUACACUGCAGUCCAGUUUAUGACAUAUGAAGAAUGCAAAAAGUUAAUGAAUAUACCAGAAGAUCCUCGAGAACAGCAUCCGUUUAAGAAAUUAACUGCAGGUGCUAUCGCUGGUAUUGUAUCUGUUGCUACAACAUAUCCUAUGGAUUUGGUAAGGACCCGUUUAGCAGCUCAAGGAGAAGGGACACAGAAGAAAUACAGGGGAAUAUUUCACUGCUUUUCCACAAUACUCAAAGAAGAAGGAGGGCUUUUAUCUGGAAGUUUGUUCAGAGGUCUUGGCCCAACCCUAAUUGGUGUGGCACCAUAUGUUGGUCUCAAUUUUUUGGUGUUUGAAACAACAAAAGGAUGGUGUUUGCCGUUAAUUAACAAAAACCUAGAAGAGAACGAAGCGCCAAGCAAAGACCUUCCUGUUCCCUGGAAAUUAUUAUGUGGUUCAGUAGCCGGUGCAGUUUCCCAAACGUUAACAUACCCAAUUGACGUCAUACGUCGUCGAAUGCAGAUGAAAGGCACCCAUGGUAAUGUCUUCGCGUACAACUCCACGUUACAUGCAUGCAAAAUGAUAUUUCAAAAAGAAGGAAUAUACGGACUGUAUAAAGGAAACGUACCGAAUCUUGUAAAGGUUGCGCCAGCAAUAGGAAUCCAAUUUGCUGCAUAUGAAGUCUGUAGAAGCUUGCUGUACGGAGAAAAAGUUAGAUGGGUGCAUUAAUAAUACUGCCCGUUUGUACCUAUGUAGAUUUGUUCUUUUAGCUAGAAAAUAUGUAUGUACCAGUACUUAAAUUUGUGACUUAUUUUCUGGUUAGUUGAAUUUUUAUUUGUAUACAAAGGAAUCAGCAUCAAUUUUAAUUUAGAAGCAAAUAUGUCUCUUAGAAAUAGUACCUAGUUGUCGAUAGUUAGCUGGUAGGAAGGCUCCAAUAGAAGAGGAAACCUAACGGGUUUCGAAAGCUCUCCAAGGUAUUUCGUUCUAUUUUUCAUUUUAAAAUGGAAAGUAGAAGCUAGUAUGUUCAAUGGAACAAUUUCGUUUCAUUUCUUGCCGUCAUGUGCUAGUCCUGGUUCGUAGUAAAAUCUAGGUAAAUCAUUUAUAAUGUAGCAAGCCACUGAACCAAAGAUUACAGUUCCCGUUACCAAUAUCGUUAUCUUAUAGAACUUAUUAAGAAAAAGUGCUCUUAUAAUACUUAUAUGGACGUAUUUAACGAUCGGCAUCUAAGGAAGAAUGAAUUUAUAGAGUAGUUAGAAUAUCACAACUCACUUUUACGCAUACAUCGGCCUAAAUGGCUCUUUCCUUUUGGCUCAUUAGAAUUUGUUAUUCUUAUUUUAUUCCUAUUUAUUCUAUUAUCAUUACAAAGAAAGUAGGCCCUUAUUCCCUUUACGAAAAUGAUUCGCUGAAGUAUAGGCUAACCAUGUCGCAAAUAUUUGAAGUCUGCUGACUAAGCGAUAAAUCAAAAAUAGGCCUAGUCAUAACAAAAAGCAAUUAGAAAUAGGGAGACCGGUAAAACGUUUUUCGAAGUAUUUGAUAUAAGCAUGUUGAGCAACAAGACUUUUAUAAUUUCUAUUUCCACUUAAAACAGCUAAAUUAUGAUAGCAUAUAUACAAGUAAGGGUAACUUAUCUCCAUGAAAAAUUUUGUAUUU